AUGCCUUUCGUCAACGCCGUUAGUCGGAAGCGACGUCAAUCCUCUACAGCCAAGCGGUCUCCGACAAGAAGAGAGCCGAGUCCACGACCGUCUAAACUGCCCAAGCUCAAUCAUCUCCUCUACGAUGGCACCAGUUCCCGGUCGAUGGAGUCUACCAGCACUGGUCGAUCUAAGGCCAGCGUCAAGACUCAACUCAAGAGAGGCGUUUCCAGCAUCAAGACGAUAUUAGGUCUAGGAGGAAGAACCAAUGAUACCAAUCUACCACAUCAGACUGUUUUCGCCUCAACUCAAGGCUCUCAGCUGGGCUACAUCCUCCAGAAUGACUCCGAUGCUACCACCCUAUACCAUCCCUUGACCAUUCGGUUGACCGGCAUGAACGACAUUCCUGAUGUAAAUGCCAAUGACAUCCCCUCCUCAACCGUCAAGAGUGCCCCGAUGAGUCCUGUACCACAAGAGACGGACGAGCACAUGAUGGAAGCAGCUGAAUGGGUUGUCAACCAUGGCCGCCGCGGCGUUCGACGCAGUCAAUCAGUCCCAGGCCUACAACGCCUCAUAACACAAAAGUUCCAUCAGACGUUUGGCAAUCCAACCGUCGUGAAACGGUCAGAAUUGCGGUCUCGACCAAGUGUUCAAGCUCUAGUGCAAGAAGCAGUGGAGGUAGUAUCAGCUCUACAGUCGUCGACACCUUCUACCCUCAACAGUGGCUGGGCCUCACCGGCCGAACAGGCCUCAUCAACUCCACUCACGUCCGUGCCUGUCACCCCGACAUCCAUUGCCCGCAGAGAGAGCAUGAAUCCUUUUGACAUGGACCGUCAAACCUAUUUGGUAGAGUCCAGGCUUCUGACACCCAUUCCUGAGUCUACUGUCACACCGUCCCUCACUAUCAAAACAGUCGAGGCUGCCGCAGCUGCGAAACUCUUCUUCGAGCUGCACUUCAACUCUUUACUCAAUGAAACCCCUUCAAGGGCAAUCCGGUGUCGAGAAUUGGAGACCAAGCUCAGAGAACACCAUUUUCCUGCUGGCAGUCAGCAUCGAGCUAGAAAGGCAUGGGAACGUGCAGAAAGCGAGCAUCUCCGACAGACUCGAGUACUCAAGAAUACCACAAAUCUUGCAAGAGCGAGCGAAGGGAUCCAUAUUGGUGGGUUUGAAGUCAUCAGUGUUCUCGGCAAAGGCAGUUUCGGGGUUGUUCGUCUCGUGAAAGGGAAGGCGGAGAACGCAAGAGGUGACGCCGAGAUCAGCGCCACCGAGAAGCGGCCAGAAUGCAAGCAGUCACGAGCCAGUCUGAAGUCCUCGCCUGCACGAUGGCCUGGUCCGCUCCCCAACAGGAGACGAGAUCUAGCCAAGGGGAAGAAAGAAGUGUUCGCCAUGAAAGUCAUCCGCAAGUCCGAGAUGAUUCGGAACGCCCAAGAGGGACAUCUGCGAGCCGAACGAGACUUCCUUGCUGCAGCAGAAGGAUCCAGGUGGAUCAUUCCGUUGAUUGCCGCCUUCCAGGAUCAGAAGCACUUAUAUCUUGUUAUGGAGUAUUGUAUUGGAGGCGACUUUCUCGGACUCCUCAUUCGAAAGAACAUUCUCAGCGAAGAGGCCACCAAAUGGUACAUUGCAGAAAUGAUUUUGUGCGUCGAGGAGGCUCACCGCAUGGGAUGGAUACAUCGUGACGUGAAGCCGGACAAUUUCCUCAUUGCUGUCGAUGGCCAUCUGAAAAUAUCCGAUUUUGGCCUUGCUUUCGAUGGAGACUGGUGCCAUGACCAGAAGUUCUAUCAAAAGAGUCGUAACUCCCUGCUCGAACAACUAGGGAUUGAUAUCGAAGGCGAUGAGCAAGAUAAACAGGAAAGGCAACUCGAACAGUGCGCAGACAAUGCAACGCACCCUUUACGGAAGACUGGGAACCAUAACAAAUCCGAAUCCAAAGACGAACCAUCUGUUGGCGAGCCAAUCCUGGAUUGGCGAAACCGUGCUCAAUGUCGACGCCUCGCACGAUCUGUCGUUGGGACAUCGCAGUACAUGGCCCCGGAGGUCAUUCGAGGCGAGAUGUAUGAUGGACGAUGCGACUGGUAG